GGCAGAUAGAUGCCUUACAACAGGACAUCCUCACAUCUACUCUGCCUAUUCUAUACCACUUUGCUCGUCAUGUUACCAACCUCAGAGUUCCAAAAUCACAGGGCUCGAGACAGAUAGAGAGUAUCAGACAUCAUGGAGCGAUUUACCUUUACCGUCGGUAAACUAGAUGCCGGGAUGGCUAUCUUGAUCGGGGACCGAGCCCACCUGAUCGAAUUCCCCUCCCUCCUCCUUCCUCCCGGUGUGACCUCCGGUUCGAUCGUCAACAUCUCCGUCAACCGUAACCUCGCCGCCGAAAACGCCCAGCUCAAGGAUUUCUGGUCUCUCCAAGACUCCAUCCUCCAGGAAUACGGUCUCGACUCCCCCGCCGCGCCCGAGCUGAAACUGAGGCAUGUGACGCAGACGAGCGUGACGCUGGAAUGGCCCGCUCUAGUCUUGGCUAAAGCGGAUGUGAGGAGCUUGGAGAUCUUUAAGAAUGGGGAGAGGUUGGCGACGAUCCCGAAUCCGAGGGGAAACACGAGCACCAAGUUGAGCUCGUUGCAAUCGAACGAGGAGUAUACUUUCCAGCUCGUACUUAAGACGACUGCGGGGACCUACCCCUCUAACAUCAUCCGUGUCCGCACUCACACCAUGAACGACACGUCCGGAAUUUCGGUCUGCUUCGGAAACGUCGAAGACCCCACUGCCCUCUCUCAUGCCAAACAGGCUUUGGAACAGAUGAGGGCCAAGUGGACGGACAAGAUUCAGAUCGAUACGACGCAUUUCGUCUGUACGAAUGCUGGACCUGCUGGGACUGUUUAUGGAGAGGGGUCCAUGGCUCCGAGUCCCGAGUUCCAGAAGGCGACACAGAUGUCGUUGCCGAUCGUCUUGCCUCAAUGGGUCCUUGCUUGUCACGGCGAGAGAAAGCUAGUCCCAGUGUCCAACUACGGCCUCGGCUCAGCCCCAGCCCAAUCAAACAACGCUCAACAGUUUGUCCGUCGACCUUCAAACAACAGCCGACGUAACUCGAUGACCGAAGCCGCUGAGCAGCUUGGGAAUCGAAGAGCGCCUUCGCCCGAGACUAUCGCGAGGAUGAGCAUGGCCCCGACGAGUCCUACGUUGGAAGCUCCAUCAGGAUCGGGUAGUCGGCAGAUGGGCGUGACUCCUCCUGAAACUCGGAAGGAAAUCACAGGGGAGCCAAAGAGGUCCGCUGCCACUACAGCUGUUCCCAACCAAAUAGCAGAGGUGGAACAGCAAGCGGCUUCACCACCGAGAACCAAGAGUCCUCGACCGGAAGCCAACGGAAAACUUGAUAGACGUUUCAAGUUCCCCAAUUCGCCUAGUCCGCCUGUCAGCGGUACUACGUCGACCUUCCCCACAUCGAGUACGGAGGCAGAAGUCGUCGCUCCAACUGAGGUCGUGCAAGAGAAGGAGAAGGAAGAGGUCGUCCAACCCGCCGCGCUAGAAAAAGAACAGGCCGAGCCGGAGGUGGAGUCGACUUUUACAUCCACCGAGCCGAUCAAGAUCACCGAUGACCCAAAAAGCAUGACUGGAACUAAUGAGGCGGCGGGAUCCCCUGUAGCCUCGACGUCUCAGACUGGUAAGGCUAGUGCCAGCGAGAGUAAGGGAGACGAAGAUGAUCUCAAGACCAAGGCAAAGGAGUGGAUGGAGAGGCAAAACACUGUUGAGCUGGAUUCUGCGGGACACGAGACUAAGCAAGCGGAGUCGUACGCACAGGAUGAGGGGGAGCAAACGGUCAAGCCUUCAGAAGUUGACGCUCCGGUCGAACCGCCAACCGCUGCCGAGACGAUCGCAGCCGAACCUGUUCCUCAGCCCGCGUCUGCCUCGGGUGAUGCGGAGGACGAGACUGAAGCUACCAAGCAUAUCGUAGUAGAGGAUGUCACGGAGGAGACAGUUCCCAUCUCGUCGGGAGGUGAGGACAAGGUUGAAUCCCCUGACCAGGUUGUUCCCGCUCAGGAACCUCAACAAGCAACUCCCGCGGAGACGGGAUCCAAGUCGGAGAAGACGGAGAUUGUUGAUGUCCUCCAAGACCUGGAGGCUGAGGGAGGGGCAGAUUUGGUAAAGGACGAGAAUGAGAAUGGUAACGAGGACGAGGACGAGGCGGAUACCCCGGCUGGCGCUUCGACCCCGGUCGAUCCUUCGGAGGUCGGUAUGACCGGACAAGCCCAGGGACAGACAAAGUCGACGGGGACGGGGAAGAAGAACAAGAAGAAGGGCAAGAAGGGAAAGUAGACUAGGAUAGAGGCGCGAUUGUGUGAGAUUGAAAGAAACAUUUACCAGGCAAUGAAGCUGUUCGUGUAUCGCAUGGAAGUGUCCAUUUCCAUUGGACCAAUUGAAGCGCUUGGUUGGAAUGUGAACCUCACCCGGGCACUCUAUCGAUCAGGAUGAUCAUAACUAUACGAAGUUGCCAAGCAGU